UCACUCCUCAUUCAAGAAGACCAAAUUCAACUGCAGCUCACAGAAAAAAACACAACAAUAAUCAUCAUCACCAUAAUCUAGUACUCUUCAUCAUCUUCAGUGAAUUCACUUAAUUCUUUCAAUCCUAUAAGAAAACACAGCAAGAAAAUCAUGUCUAGUACAACAACUCAAUCUUCUUCAGUAUUACCAAGUUCAACUUCAGGAACCAUGAUGAGAGACAUAUUCUUCUGGAAAAAGAAGAAACAGAGCUCACUUGUUCUACUCAUAUCAACAGCAACAUGGGUUUUACUUCAAUUCUAUCAAUUCAACUUCGUUACAGUUCUUUCAUGGGUGGCCAUGGUUAUUGUCGUUUCAUUGUUUCUUUGGGGAAACUUGCUUAGGCUUUUUGGAAAAGAGACAACAGAAUUGUUGUCAGGAGAGGAGAUUACAGUGGAAUCAGCAUUAAAAGUGGCGAUGGCUCUUCGUACAUGGACAGAAGAAUCGAUAAGGUGGAUGUUCAAAGUUGGUGCCCAGAGUGAUUUGUUAACUUUUGCUUCAACUCUUUUUGGACUAUGGUUACUAUCCCAAGUGGGAAACUACUUUGACUUCUUAACCAUUCAAUAUAUAGGCAUUGUUAUGGGCAUGACAUUACCGGUAAUAUAUUCCAAAUAUGAAGAUAACAUUAAGAGGCUUAGUGAAGGAGUGAAGAAACAAUUGCAUAGGUAUUAUGACAUGUUUGAUGAGAAAGUGAUCAAGAAGGUGACUAGCAUGAUGGGAACAACUACUACUAGUAGUACCACUACCCCCACCCCCACCCCCACCCCCACCCCCACCCUAGAAAAGGAGAAGAAGGUUGAUUAGUUUGGCUUUUGUUUAGGUUAAAUUCUCAAUAAGAUAUGUACUUGUGUAUAAUUAGAAGGCUUUCCUUUUUCUAGACUUUGAAUUAAUACAAUAUUUACUUUUUCUUUAUUUUGAAUAUAUAAAAUUUGUUAUGGAUGUAUAACAAAGU